CUUAGGGCCAGCCAUAGAGACGCGCCGUCUAAGCCUAGAGCGUCCCCCUCUGUUUUUUUAAUGGGGCGUUUCAGCGGAGCCUUAAAAAAUGGGACCUAUGACCCGGAAGUAGAAGCGCGGCGAGGCGGGAGCGACGGUUGAGUAGGCGGCGAAGGCAGCCAGAAUGACCACCAGCCAGAAGCACCGGGACUUCGUGGCGGAGCCCAUGGGGGAGAAGCCCGUCGGGGCUCUGGCCGGCAUCGGAGACGUCCUGGGCAAGAAGCUGGCGGACCAAGGCUUCGACAAGGCCUACGUGGUGCUUGGGCAGUUCUUGGUGCUGAGGAAAGACGAGGAGAACUUCCGCGAAUGGCUGAAGGACACCUGCGGGGCCAACGCCAAGCAAUCCAGGGACUGCUACGGCUGCCUGCGGGAAUGGUGCGACGCCUUCUUGUGAACCCCGGAAGCGCCCUGAGUUGGGGGGAUGCUGUUAGCUUUUUGGUGGUUAGCUAGAGACCCAGCCUUCCCUUCCAACCCCCUCCAGAACCCCUAUUCACUCAUUUACAAGCAUCCGCCAAGGGUCCGUGGAAGCUGUUACCCAAAUCAAAAGUGUUGCUGCCUUUUAAAUCUAACAAAGCCUCUCUGGGGAGAAGGUUGAGAAAGGCGGGGGACGUUCCUGUUCAGAGCCCCAUAGAGCUUGUUCUCUUCUAUGCAGCUUUGAAGGACCCCCUCAGCCCUCUCCUCGCAUGGAUUCGGCUAUUAUUCAGCCUGCAGCUAUUGGGGGAGAGUUCUGCACCCCUUUGGUUUUGAGGUUUAGUGUUGGAUUUCUUCUUGAAAAUGAGAGAUGUAUUUGUCACGUUUCUGGCUCAAACCCCGUUCUUUGAUUCUCCCCCCGUUCUCCCCACACGACUUUUAUACCACCUGCUUUUAAACGGCAGGCGCCACAAAUCAUUGUUUUUAAAACAAUAAAAAUCAGCUAUGUGUUUGCUCA